AAAAGCUAUUGUGUCGAUUGUCCACACAAUUAGUUAACGGCGCGUUCAAUCCGCACACGUCUCUAAUUAAACGGCGAUAUUUCCAAACGAUCGGAAAUAAAAAAAAAGGAUCUGCACCCGUCAAGGAUUAUGGCGCAGCACCAUAAACUGGCUCUGCCAAUGGCAGCGUCGCUGCUACUGCUCCUGGCCACUACGGUCGGAGCACACGUAAACAACGACAAACAUCUGCUCACCGGACACUCGUUCCCAAUGCACACAAGUUUGGCCCAUCAAUUCUUUGUCCUGGCAGCGGAGCACGCAGAAAUGGCAAAUGCCACCGGCACUCAAAUGGUGCACAGGAGCCUGGCUCGCAACGACAACGAUGUGCUCUGCGAUAGAGACAUUGCUCGCAUACGUGACGCUAUCGACAACAUGGAGGAGUGGGCUCUAGAAUUUCCAGAUACAUGGGGUCGCCUACCCGUUGGCUUCUUCUGGGGCCAUCUCAUCAGCAUGGGCCAGUACGAGGAGUGUGUGGCGGCAACGGCCACCUACGGGAACGGAUUACAUGGCCAGUACUGUCUGGCACGCUUAAACAUUACCCAGUUGUACAGCAAGGUGAAGCAACGCCAUGAGGAAUUCUCACGCAUCAGCUACAAGCAAACAGAGCCGGAGAUCUUUGAGUUAGGUGUGUGUGUGCCCAGCACAUGCAGCGCCCAGAAAACUGAUGAACUUCUCAAGCACGUGAUUGCGCAUUUAUAUGGCGCUGAUAUCAUCGAUCUUAAGUUCGAAAUGGUUCAGGAAAAAUGGUGUAAAUAUGAUGCGCCAGUCGAGUUUCGUGGUGUGGACAUUUUUGCCAUCAUCUUCUUUUCGCUGAUUAUAAUUUUCCUGAUAGCCAGCAGUGUCUACGACGGUGUGCAGACCCGCAAGGGUGCACCCAAGAAACCGCUUUUCGUCGCCUUCUCGGUGCUCCAAAAUGCACCAAAGAUAUUCACGGUGAAAAAAGUAAACAAUCCGAAUGUUAUCCACUGCCUGAACGGUCUUCGUUGCUUCAGUAUGAUGUGGGUUGUGUUUGGGCACGGCUACAUGACCUUCUACGAUUUGCCACACAUCAAUCGAAACAAGUACUAUACGUGGCUGCAGACGCCUUACUCCAUGCUGGUGCAGAAUGGCUCCCUUUGCGUCGAUACGUUCUUCUUCAUGUCCGGCCUGCUUAUGUGCUGGGGCGCCUUCCGUGAGAUGGAUCGCACCAAGGGCAAACUGAACAUACCGAUGAUGUACUUCCAUCGUUACAUACGCCUAACACCAGUUGUUGCCGUCGUUGUUCUGUACAUCAUGUCGCUGUAUCGCUAUUCUGGUGCCGGACCCAUGUGGUUCAAGCUGGGCACACAGGAUAAGCGCUGUGAGGACACCUGGUGGGCCACCCUACUCUAUGUGCAGAACUAUGCCUUCCCCUACAGCAUUUGCGUCUCGCAGUCCUGGUAUCUGGCUGUGGAUACCCAGUUGUACUUCCUAUCGCCACUGUUCCUCAUUCCGCUGUACAAGUGGGGCAAGAAGGCGCUGUUACCAAUUUCAAUAUUUGGUGUACUGUGUCUAAUCUGCACCGUUGCCACCUUCUUGCACAAUGACUUUACGCUGUUCCGUGUGCAGGACGAUCAUGUUGAUCUGCGCCAGCGCUUGACUUACUAUCCAACGCAUACGCGUAUUCCCACUUGGUUGAUCGGCGUCAUCUUUGGCUACUUCCUGUUUACGCGCAAUCGUGGACGACAGAUUCCACUGGCCAAGCACUGGGUUAUUACUGGUUGGGUUGUGGCCUUUGGCACCAUGUUGGCGGAUCUUUGGGGUCCCUUCUGGCGCAUGCUGCCGGACACACCAGACUCUCCACGCUGGGAGGGUGCUAUGUUUGAGCCACUCAGUCGCAGCUCCUGGGCGCUGUCUAUCGGCUGGAUUGUGUGGGCCUGUUAUAAUGGACAUGGCGGCUACAUCAACGACUUCCUCUCCUGGGGCUUCUUUACGGGCUUCAGUCGUCUAUGCUACUGCAUGUACGUGAUACACAGAAUAGUUCAGCUAGUUAACGCGGCUCGUCUCCAAACCGACACUCAUUUCUCCAACUACGACGCGAUUCUGCGCUGGUGGCACGACUUUGGCAUCACACUGACACUUUCUAUAUUUGCAACAUUGGCCUUUGAGGCGCCCAUUUUGGGAAUUGAGAAGGCCAUCUUUGGACGCGGUGACAGCAAGCCAGCACCCAAGAAACCAGUACCCGGUGACAAUGCCAAAAUUGCGCCUACCGCCGCGCCUGUCACUGAGGCCGAACCCAUCACUACUGUGCCUGAACCAGAACCAGUGCCAGAGCCAGAGAUUGUGCCCGCAGCCAGCAGAGCUGAGGAUCCCUCCAAGGCCUAACGAAACACGUACAUACAUUUGUAUAUGUCAUUUUAUAUUGUAUUUUUUUUUCACAACCCAAAACAUUUGCUAGUGACCCUUUUUCCUGUAAGUUUUAUUUAUUAAAUAUUUAAUGAAAUCA